AUGGGCAAGACUAAAUGCAAGGCAAGAAGAAAGGAAGAUUCAAAACAAUCCAAGAGAUUACUCAAGGGCGAGGAAGAAUCUCACACACAAGUACAUGGCGUGACGAAUAGUGACUUCCGGCAACAGUGGGCUCAAAGCCUUAUAGUUAACAAGCCGAUUAAAGCAAUUGCGAAGGAAUUUGCACAAAACAAGCGAGUAAAGCCGACAGACUACACUACGGAAGCCUACGACAGAAAUGAUGCCAAAAAUCGGUACAACGAUAUUGUAUGCAUUGACCAGACUCGAGUGAAACUAAAAAAUAGGCCUCCGUCCGAAGACUACAUACAUGCAAGCUGGAUGAUAAUGCCUGAUGGUCAAAAAUACAUAUGCACCCAGGGACCUUUGCUGGAAUUUGUAAAUGAUUUUUGGCACAUGAUCACGUCGGAAAAGUGUAAUGUCAUUGUAAUGCUAUGCAAUUUCAACGAGGGAAAGCACGAAAAGUGCUGUUUGUAUAUUCCAAAAGAAAAAAGCGAAAUCAGCAAUUUUGGUGGAUUCAAAGUGUCGGUAAAAGAAUUUAAACGAGAUCCUUUCGAGACUAUCAGACACACCAUCUUGGAUGUCAAAUGGGAGGACAAGGAAAUGGUCGUCCACCACUUGGCUAACUUUAGUUGGCCUGACCACACUGCACCGAUAGAUGCAGCCCCAACUAUAGGAAUGUUGAAAUUGUCACGAUCUCUGGCAAAUGGAGCACCGAUAACAGUGCAUUGUUCUGCAGGAAUUGGCCGAAGUGCAACAUUUGUAGCAAUUGACUAUGCGUCGCAAAAAAUUCGUGAAAAGCCCAACACAUCGAUGGUAGACGUGAUUAAAGACUUGCGAAGCCAACGGUUCCAAGCUAUCCAGUCUGCGAUACAAUACGUUUUCCUGCAUAUAUGUCUGCUGGAGUUGUUUGCUGGCGAAGGAGCUCUGCAACGCGACACCAAAUACCAUCAUUAUUUGGACAGUUAUGUUUCGAUGAUCAAAAGGUAUAACAAAAGGGUGGAGACCAAAGAAAAAGAAAGAGAAAAGACUGAAGCUCAAGCUUGAUAGCUCAUGGAAUGAAUUUCCAGCAUAUUUGAGACAUUUCUUAAACUGUAGUCAUGCAUAUUUGAACUGUAAUACGAAUUAUCGCUAACUGCAUUGCAUGUAUAUCAUGCCCAUAAAAAUUAAUGAAUGUUCAAUGGCUA